AUGCUGCUUGCUGGAACAGAACAAUACAUCUCUCGGCUUCAGCUAGUGCAACACUUCCCUUCCGGCGCCCCAAGACGUAGGGGUGCGCUGACGCUCUCCGACCUUUGUACACCUCAACGUGGCUUGAAGUUCCUCGAUAGCCGGUGCCCCCCUGCCUUCGAUCCCGCUUCAUACCAUCUCGUUGAGACCCUCCCGGACGAUACGUUCCAUGCCGUGAUACAUGCCAGCCAUGGUGGAACUUCAUCAAGGCGUCAUGCUCCCACGGCGUCUAUCCUACCCGAGCACCAACGGACGUUGCGCCCUCGAAAGCGAGUCGCGGAGAUACAGCCCAACCGAUCGCGGACAAACCGACGUCGACUUCGGGCGGAGAAACGGCUCAUCGUCUUCGUCCAGAGCGCCUUCGAACGCCCUCCUACCUUCACAGACGACGGACUUCGACGCGUCGAUGCCAUCAUGCGUGCAGAUCCCACGGCCGAGUACUUCUUCGUGUUCGUAACGGGAAAGUAUGCGUCUCUUGAUCUCAGUGCAGUGCCUUCGGCGCUCGUGAAGCGCGUCAAGUGGUAUCAGCUCACGCUUGACUUCAACAUGUACGAGCGCCAUUCUAUCUCUAAACCCUCUCCUCCCACAUCUCCUGCGCCAUUCCUACCAUAUUCGCCGGAAUGGUAG